AUGCGGUCGACACGACCCAAAAAACUCACCUCAAAGCAGCACAUACCCAUCUACAGGGAUCACCAGCUAGACCUCACCGACGAUGAUCUCCAAACCACACUACAAAACAUCGAAACCGGUGUUGAAAAGGCUGAGGAAAGCGAAUACCAUCUUCAAGCUGCGAUAAACGCCGCUUCUCAUGGACAUGCAUCGCAAAAAGCCCAUAUCCCCACUCCAGAAACCGUCACAAGCUCCCUUCAGUAUGGCAAAUUAUAUCCUGCAGCGUUUUCCCAGCCCGCAACAUAUAUUCGGUUCUCAUCCACCGUUGAAGAUUGUUGCGGCCAUCCAUAUAAUAUGGUAGAGGAAGACGAUGUUGUUUUGAAAAUUAUGAACCAGAAAGCGGAUGCGUCAACGCAAUGCACGGAAGACCAAUUCGAAGAAUUGAUGAGUUUCUUUGAAGAGACGGCCCACACCAAGCAGCCUUUUGCAGCAGUUGAUAACCCUCCUGUAGUUCCGUAUGAGGAAAUGGAAGAGUGUUUUGAUGGAAAUAUCGACGAAUCGCUGAGAAAGUUCUCGAAAGCCAUAUAUGAGCAUUGGAAGUCAAGGCGUGCAAAACUGGCUAAUUGCCCUUUGCAACCAAACUUGAAGUUUGAAUCCGGACAGGAUACCGAUGACAGUGAUCCGUAUGUUUGCUUCCGGCGUAGAGAAGUACGACAAGCCCGUAAGACUCGUGGCAGAGAUGCACAAAGCGCAGAGAAACUUCGACGCCUUAGGAAAGAAUUAGAGGAUGCCAGGCAGCUGGUUGCUCUCGUUCGGCAACGCGAGAUGGCAAGGAAAGAACAAUUUUCUAUAGAAAGACAACUGUUCAUGCAGCGUGCUGAAGUCAAGGAAAUGAAACGCAAACUGGGUAUCAAGGACGAUGAUGAAGAUCUCAUCAACCAGAAGCCCAAGAAGCGACCAGCAGAUAUUGCUGCGACGGCACGGCCUGCAGCUCCUCAACUUCGUGCUCCUGUGAGGCCAACUGGACAACCCACAGACGAGUUAAGACUGUUGGAGGAUGUUCAAGCCGAUAAGGAAAAUGAAAUUUCCCGAGACAUCAAACAGAAUGUCAUAAAACAUGCCAAGUGGAACGAGGGGUAUGUAGAUAUGACUCGUGCGCCACUUACCCCAAAACCACCUCUACAAACUUUCGAUGGCUCGGAUUUUCGACCGGCAAUCACAGAAUAUCUCCCAACCCCUCCAACAUCAGAGAAUUCCGAUCCGAUGCAGGACGUGUCGAGAGAAGGAAUAGGUGAUAAGUUUUCCGUAGUCCACAAAGUCACAGAUACCACUGAAGAGCAAUCACGAAGAGGAAUGCCGUGCUUCCGCCGUCGAAUUGGUAGAGGUGGUCGCAUGAUGAUUGACCGAAGAAAUCUCCCAUUCCGUGGUAGGAAUGAUGUCGAUCCGGUGCAAUUGGAUCGUUUUAAGUACGAUCAAGAUGAUGAGGACGACGCUGACCCGGUAUAUGAGCGAGAUGAAUUCAACAUCCAUAUCAUGCAGCAUCGAGCGUAUCUCCAUGCGAAGACGUCAAGGGAUCAGGCAAUCCAAGCUCAAUUGCAAGCUCAAGCUCACGCUGCGGCCCAAAAUGGUAGACGGCUGCAAGUUGGUUCUCAAGGGGGAACUCCCGUUCCUUCCAACCCCGUACCGAAAGGUGCACAACCCUCAUCUUUGAACUCACUCCCUUCAUAA